UGUUUGUCUCCACCUCUUUGUCACAGCUAACCUGUAUAGCUGUUCUGGAGUUAAGAGAGGCCAGACACAGAUGUCAUGGCAGACAAUGAGGAUGCAUUGCGGGCCAUGCAGAACUGUUUCCACAGUCAGUUUAGUGUGGAUGAGGCUGAGUACGAGGACAUUGAGGAAAACAGGAGAACAUCUGUUGAUGAAGACAGUAUCUAUCUUGGCUGCACACUGUCACAAUCCUUCAACCCUGAUUUUCACCACUCACCUGUUAUCAAGAUGGGCUGGCUGCACAAGACCCCACCUCAGGGGACCCUUGUUUUCCAGAAGCGUUGGGUGAUGUUGGAUGCACAGUACCUUCGAUACUUUCAAAAUGAGAAGGAGGUCUACUCAAAGCGGAUCAUAGCCAUACUGUCUGUCACUAAAGUGCUUAAUGUUGGAGGACAGAAGUUUGAAGUGGUGACAAGGAACAGGACUUUCUUGUUCCGUGCUGAGAACAACACCGUCAGGGAGGAAUGGGUGUCAGUACUGAAAGAGACUAUUCAGCAGCGUUGUAACAGCAUGGAGAAGUCCCUUAUGAACUUCAGUGCUACGUGUGGACAGCGUGCUAGUAGAGUCUCGCUCAUUAGUAAGCAGGGAUACCUGGAGAUGAGUGGACUGCGCUCCAAGCUCUAUGUAGUCAUCUGUGCCGACAGUGUUUUCCUCUAUAGGAACGCUGAGGAGCACAGCCAGGGUGUUGGCAUCACCUCCAUUGAGAUGAAUUUGGGUACUGUGAAGGGCACAGACAAACGGUCCUUCAACCUCACCACCAUCUACAGGACAUUCAGUUUUGUGGCCGAGUCGGAGCAGCAGAGGGAGCAGUGGGUUGAGGCCCUGCAGGCCUGUGUCAGUCACUCUCUGUCCAGCAACGCGGUGGCCCAGAAGAUCUGGUCUGAGGAGGCCAACCAGCGCUGUGCAGAUUGUGGCGCCCCCCACCCAGACUGGGCCUCUGUCAACCUGUGUGUGGUCCUCUGCAAAUGCUGUGCAGGGGUGCACAUGGGCCUGGGCCAGAGUGUGUCCAAAGUCCGCAGUCUGAAGAUGGAUGAAAAGGCGUGGACUGAAAAUCAGCUGUUCCUGUUGCUAGGUAACGACAAAGUAAACCUUUUCUGGGCAGCUAACAUUCCACCAAGUGAGAUGCUCUGUCCAUCAAGUGACAGAGAGGAGCGCCAGCGCUUUGUUACUGCCAAGUACUGCCAGGGGAAAUACCGCUGCUACCAUGCACUGUUUGGCCAACAGGAAGCCCUCAACAAAGCUCUGUGCAACACCAUUCAGACAGGUGAUGUAUUGGAGACUCUGUCGCUGGUGUUCUGUGGAGCAGAUGUGAACUGUUAUACAGGUGAUCCAGAGCUGCCCAGCCCUGUGUCCGUGGCCCAGCACUAUGGACAGACACUUCAGGUGGAGUUCCUCACUCACAACCACAACACAGAGCUCCCAGGGUCAAGGGCUGGAGAUCACACAAUCUUAGAGGCUGCUCUCCCCAUCUCACACACUGGUUAUCUGUUCAAGACUGCCUCCUCAACACGAGCAGUUACAGAGCGCAAAUCUAAAGGAGAUUUUAGUCGUCGCUGGUGCUCUUUGAAUCAAGGUAACUUCAGCUACUAUGAGAGUGAGAAGAGCUCCAGCCAGAGUGGACAGAUGAAGAUGAGUGAUGUCCUUUGUCUGGUGGUCAAUCCCCAAGGGAAACAUGGUUAUGGUCAUUCCUUUGAGCUGUACCAUGACUCUGGGAGAGUCUACCUGUUUGGAGAGGAUUCCCCUGACACGGUGAGGGAGUGGAUCAAGGUCAUUGGCAAGGCCCUGGUCCCCCCUGUAGCAGAGGACCUGGUGGGCUGGUCCUUUGAGCGGGUGGGCCGGCUGCGCUACACUGCGGGCCAGAGCUUCCAUUGUCCUUGCAUGGGCUGGUUCUCCCUGGGGGGCUCCAGACUGCUCCUCCUCCUCCACGGAGAAGACCAAGUGGAUAACAUCGACCUGCGAAAACUACAGGAGCUCUCCGUGGAGCAAGAAGCUGCUGCUGUGAUGCUGGUGGACAGAGGCAGGAGGCUGCGUUUGGAGGGGGACAGGAGGCCUGACUACCAGGGCUGGCUGAGUGGCAUCCAGCAGGGCUUAGGGAGAGGAGACGGCCCCCUGGACCAGCAGCAGCUUACUGAGACAGAAGUCCCUGUCAUCGUGGACCGCUGCAUUAGCUACAUCACACAGCAUGGUUUGAAGUCAGAGGGCAUCUAUCGGAGGUGUGGUGUGAACUCUAAGAUCGCCGCCCUGCUGCUCUCUCUCCGCCAUGACGCCCGUCAGGUUCGUCUGAGUGAAGGGGUGUGCCAGGUGGAUAAUGUGGCCAACGUCCUGAAGAGAUUCCUCAGGGAAGUGGGAGAGGGGGUUUUCAAUGGCCAUCAGGCCUCUCUGCCAUGGCUCCAUACCACUACUGUCAGUGAGAGAAGAGAGAGAGUGUCCCAGUACAAGGCCCUCCUCCACAGCCUCCCCCCAGUCAACAGAGCCACCCUGGGGGCUGUCAUCAACCACCUCUACUGCGUUCAGUGCUUUGCAGAUGAGAAUCAGAUGAACAUGCACAACCUGGCCAUUGUGUUUGGUCCCACGCUCUUCCAGACGGACGGCACUGAUAACAGCGCAGGACAGGUGGUAGAGGAGCUCAUCCAGAACUACCAAGAUAUUUUCAAUGUGAAUGCUGAGCAGCUUCAGAGGCAGCUGGACAUGAUCUCUCAUGUCAUCAAAGCACAGGAAGAACACGCCGAGGAGGGGACCCCCUCACCUCUCACCAUCUGUGGGAUUUACCUGGAGAGGAAGGAGGAGGGCUCUGAGCUGCUGGUUCAGAUCUCCCAGGCAGUGAGUGCCGAGGAGCUAGUGUGUGAGGUCCUGAGACGCGGGAACAUCCCUCCACAGCAGGGGGACUAUUGGAGCUGCUUCCUGGUCAACGACAACCAGGAGAUGGAGCGUCCAUUGCACCACCAGGAACGAGCGCUGGCCAUCUAUUUCUCUCUGGGUAAAGACUGUCACCUGGUGGUCAAGCGGAACUGCUACAUGGAGGCCAUGUUAAUCUACAUAGCGGCCAUGGUAGACGUGUCCAGAAACAGCAUGAUUAAGUUCAGUGAUGAGAAGGGUCAAAGGGGGAAGAGAACCUUCAGCAGACGCCUCUGUGUACUCGAUGGCACCUCUCUCAGGCUCUACAAAGAAGUAAAGAGUACUCAGCCUGAGAGGGAAUGUCAAGUCCAUGCUCUGAAAGUCUACUAUGGCAUCAAGAAGAGGCUACAGCCACCAUCAUGCUGGGGGAUGACUGUAGUGUGUGAGCAGGCAGAACGAGACAAACAGCAGUGGUACCUGUGCUGUGAAUCAAAGAACGAAUUGAUCAAGUGGCUGGCCACUUUUAUGAACCUCCAGCACAAUAGUGACCUGUGUCCUGCAGCUUCCAGGCCAGAUUCCUGAUCUAAGGCAGAAGGGGAAAUAACCUAAUCCUGGUUUUCCAUCACAGAAGUAUCUUCCAGAUACUUUUUCGCAUCUUCAAUUCAUCUCAAAAAUAUUUUUAAACAAGUUAUUUUAAGUUAAUAACCACAAAUAAUGUCUUUCUCUGUUAUAAUGGUUGAUUUGACCCUAUUUCUAACCCACAGCUACAGUAUAGCCCUCACCCACACCCAUUAUACCCAACAAGAGCAGAGACAGUUUCAUUCUACAGUAUAGCCCUCACCCACACCCAUUAUACCCAACAAGAGCAGAGACAGUUUCAUUCUACAGUAUAGCCCUCACCCACACCCAUUAUACCCAACAAGAGCAGAGACAGUUUCAUUCUACAGUAUAGCCCUCACCCACACCCAUUAUACCCAACAAGAGCAGAGACAGUUUCAUUCUACAGUAUAGCCCUCACCCACACCCAUUAUACCCAACAAGAGCAGAAACAGUUUAAUUCUACAGUAUAGCCCUCACCCACACCCAUUAUACCCAACAAGAGCAGAGACAGUUUCAUUCUACAGUAUAGCCCUCACCCACACCCAUUAUACCCAACAAGAGCAGAGACAUUCUACAGUAUAUUGAAAUGAAAACAUACAGACCUGAGGGUAAUAGUAGGGGAAGCAGUAUAGAACUACACUACAACAACGAACUUAAACAAAAAUAUUAGAGGCACGUGAGAAAAAUAAUCUAAAUGUCAUGUUGACUUUGAAGCUCCUUUGAUUGGGACAUAAUGACAAGGUUGGAGAGCUGCAAUCGUAAAACCAUCUAAGUUUAGACACCGAGCAUUCUGUUCAUGUCAUUAUGGUAACAGUGGUGGUCAGUAAUUAUUGGAGAGCAGGACUUCAACUCUGUCAUUACUCAAGACAGCUUGUUGCAUUACAGUGAUGUGCAGUUUAUCACUUUUAUUAAUGGACUAAUCCUUUAACAGUACCUUAACAUAAAAAUGAAUCUGAGGGAAGGUUAGCUAGACACCGCCCUUAGGGAAAGAAGACUGAUCUUGUGGCUGUUGUCCAGUGCCUGGCUGGUCGAAGCCCAAGAGGUUUCUCUCUCUCGCUCUAGGCUGAUUAUGAAUUGGUAUCUGAAAACCUUAUUGUGAUUAAGCAAUGUUGAUAUCAUUGUAUGUCAUUCAACAUUUAAACUGUGUCUUUUGAAUACAAUGUGUAUAGUUUUUAUAUUUCUUAAAAUCACUCUCCUACCAUUCCUUUGAUGUCUGAAGUCAGGAUGCUUUGGCACUUCAAAUCCUGCUCGACUUGUUUGGUUGAUUUUUCUAUUGUGUUAUUGACUGUACGUUUGUUUAUUCCAUGUGUAACUCUGUGUUGUUUUUGUCGCACUGAUUUGCUUUAUCUUGGCCAGGUUGCAAUUGUAAAUGAGAACUUGUUCUCAACUGGCCUACCUGGUGAAAUAAUAAAAAGCCAAAGCAUUAAUAAUAUAUCCAGUCCUACUGUAGGAGAUGCUCAGAAAUAAAAGCGCUGUCAGAUAGUUUUUGAGGAUUUCUCCUUCAGAGCUGUAUCACCAUAGAAACACAACAUUAGAUUAUUGGCACACCCGAGAUCUCUGUUGGCAAAUAGUUUGUUUUAGCCAUUGAUAUGUCUAUGUGUGGAAAUAUGGCUUGCCUAAAACACUGUACUAGAUAGUCAUUAUAAUAUUAUUCUCUUAGGUUAUAUUGUAAUGUUAAUGUACCUUAAAGGGUUUAAGACUGGAUUUCUGGCAUGUUGCUACAGCACAUUAAACCCCCCCCCCACCACCAUUCUCAAUCGCCCAUAAAGUUUUAUUGGUGCUCUUGUGGGGCUAAGUGCCUCUCGCUCAGUAAAAGGGCUUUCUAAUAUCCUUUUAUUUUUCAGCUGUAUGUCAUUAGACAUGAGGCUGUGUGGGUAAUGGCUUUACAUUAGGAACUCAGGGCUGGUGAAGUGGCUCAGUCACCCCUGGUAACAACCAUGCACUCCCAUUCACCCCCAGUUCUUACAUCACCACCCCCAUUAAGCUUCAACGUUACCAUAACCUGCACAUACUUGACACACAAAUGCUACGUUCAUUAUGGAAUUUUAGAACAACUUUUCUCACUUCCUCAUCCUGCAGACAUGUAGAUCUUGCUGACUGGUCUGUCAUUUAAUUACUUGACAUUGAUUUAAAAAUGUCUAUGUUUAAUAGAAGCCCCGCAUGCCAAUUGCAGGUCCAAAAUGUUUUAGAAUAACUUUUUCAGUGGUCAUUCAUGGGGCUAGAUUAGAAACCAAGGAAGGAAUAUAUCUCUCUGGUGGUGUUCUGGUGUCAUUAAUCUUUAAAGGCUAUCUGAAGGACAAAAUACGAGUGAGGUGUUUAUCUAAUGGCAUGCUAACCAUUUCCGUUACAAUACUGACAUAUUCCACUCAGUUUCCACUCAUAACAACGUACUGUCCAGAAUAGAGAGACAGUUAAAUGUAAUACCGGUAGAUGAAGAAAAAAUUUAUAAAAUGUUUUCUUAGCUUUAAUAAUAAUUUGUAUUGCUUGUCUAAAUCUCAUGUUUGGUCAUGUCAAUAAAUUGCUUAUUGCUCAAGUGAA